AUGUCGACCGGACGCAAGGUCUUCCGAUGUGCCGUGGACGAGACGGCCUUGUCCACCAAUAUUAGCGAGAUCAAGAAAUGGACUACCAAUGGUGCUAUCGAUCUCGUGGUUCCUCUUUACACACUUGAACGACUCCAUGCGCUGAAGCGAGCGGGAUCACAGGUCGCCAUCAACGCCCGCGAAGCAGUUCGCUUUCUUGACCGCGUCACUUCCGGCAAGGAUCACAUUGCCGCCGACCGAGUUGUCCUCCAGGGCCCCAUGGAACAAUACGAGCGCUGGGAGGAGGCCGAGAAAUUCUUCCUGCCGGAGUUCGAAGAGGAGCCCGAGGUAGUUGACGAGGUAGUUGACGAGGCACUUGGCAAUAAAGAGCCAGCGAUUGAACCCAGCGCCGAGGAUACUUUGACCAAGAACGAGUCGGAUGAUCUGUCGCAGAUGCUCUUGUCCAAACUGAACUUUAAGAAGGAUCCGGAGGCUGUGUCGAUCACCUCCGUCGGCACCCCCAGCGGACCUGGAUCGCGCACAUCCUCUCGCAGCUCCCGUACCAGCCCCGAGUGUGCCCAGCAUGAGUCCAGCAAUGGAACAGCCAAGAAUAACAAGACCAAGAGCAAGGCCUCUACCCACCAGCGCACCAUCUCCGGAUCCGUCAUCCCGACCGCGCCGCCCGCUCUGCGCCCAUUGCUGAGUGCUCUGCUCUGGCGGUUGCAUACCGGCCCCGAUGCCGAGAACUCGGCCAAGACCUGCAUCCUGAUCUCCAAUGACCGUGCGACCCAGGUGUGGGCUCAAAAGUUUGGCAUUGGUGUCAAGAAUAUUCUGCAGCUACGCACCGCUAUCCAGUACGAAGAGCGCGAGUACAAAAACCGCUGCAAAUAUGUUGAGAAAACUCAGACCCAACCCGCCGAGCCGAAGACGUUGUUGUCCUACGAGGAAGAGAGCGACGAGGAUGAGCUAGUGUUUGUCCCCCGCGGUCGUGGAAAAGGGAACCCCCGAGGUGCUUCGCGUGGUGGGGGUCAGCGCAAGGCUGCUCCGAAGGCUACUCCCAAGGCUGCCACGAAGGCUGCACCACCUCCUGUUGAGCCUACUGUCACUGUGGAAGUUCCUACCAAGCCCAUCGACCCGGACUCUUUCAGCCGGUCUCUGGGUGGUGCAACCAAGCCGCAGACUGUAGACUUGAGCACCCAACAGGCUACCACCGGUGCCACCGGUGCCUCCCGGGGUAAUAAUGCUGGAGCCUCUCGCCGCUCAUCUAAUGGUCGCCGUGGUGGAUCCUCGCGCGGUGCACGGGGCAAUGGUCGUGGUCGUGGUAAGCUUUGGGUUCCUUGA